AUGCGAGGACUGAUGCGCUCAGGCUGCGAGCAGCCGCUACUGCGCAUGUUGCAUGACAGGUACACGCAAGCCUCCAUCUUGGGCAUCCCGAGCUGAGGCGAAAGGGCAGCAGCCAUAUACUCAGUGAUACAACAACAAAAAGAAAGAGCAACAAAGCUGCGCGAGGAAAUGGAAAGAAAAUUGGCAAUUUGCCGAGAUGUAACUUUUUUUUCUUUCUAAUUUUGAUUUAAACAUCGCGUCAGAGACGGGAGCGCGGAUCAGGAUGGAAAAGAAACAUAGCGACGGCUCUGGGAGGCUGUCUUAACCACUAUUUGCACAGUCAGCGGCACUGUUCGAGUUUUCUCCAAGAACUGACAGGUGACACAGUCGAACGGCUCAACUGUGAACCAGAAUGGGCUUCAAGAAGCUUGUUAUCUUCCUCCUGGUGCUGUCCCUUUGUCUAGAGGGAGGCUCAGCCAAAGAAAAGGGAACAAAGAAGGGGAAAAAGAAAGGGAAGCAGGUUUUCUGUCCAUCACAGCUGUCAUCUGAGGAUCUGGCCCGAGUGCCUGAGAAUUCCACCAGUAACAUCUUGAACAGGUUACUGAUCAGCUAUGAUCCCAGAAUACGGCCCAACUUCAAAGGGACGCCUGUGGAGGACAGAGUCAACAUCUUCAUCAACAGCUUUGGCUCAAUUCAGGAAACAACCAUGGAUUACAGAGUCAACAUCUUCCUGCGGCAGCGCUGGAACGACCCCAGACUGAAGCUGCCGCACGACUUCAAGUCUGACUCUCUCACCGUCGACCCCGGGAUGUUCAAAUGUCUCUGGAAACCCGACCUUUUCUUCGCCAACGAAAAGAGCGCCAACUUCCACGAUGUCACCCAGGAGAACAUCCUCCUCUUCAUCUUUCGUAAUGGCGAUGUCCUCAUCAGUAUGAGGCUGUCCGUCACCCUGUCCUGUCCGCUGGACCUGACCUUGUUCCCCAUGGACACUCAAAGGUGUAAAAUGCAACUUGAAAGCUUUGGCUACACGACAGACGACCUGCGGUUCAUGUGGCAGACGGGAGACCCGGUGCAAAUGGACGCCAUUGCUCUGCCACAGUUUGAUAUCAAACAAGAAGACAUCGAUUACGGGAACUGCACCAAAUUCUAUUCAGGAACAGGGUACUACACGUGUGUGGAGGUUAUCUUCACCCUCAGGCGACAGGUCGGCUUCUACAUGAUGGGUGUUUACGCCCCCACCCUGCUGAUCGUGGUCCUCUCCUGGCUGUCCUUCUGGAUCAACCCUGACGCGAGUGCUGCCAGGGUCCCCUUGGGAAUCCUCUCGGUGCUCUCUCUGUCGUCUGAGUGCACCUCCUUGGCUUCGGAGCUUCCCAAGGUGUCCUACGUCAAGGCCAUCGAUAUCUGGCUCAUCGCGUGCCUGCUGUUUGGUUUCGCCUCGCUGGUGGAGUACGCCGUGGUGCAAGUGAUGCUCAACAGCCCGAAGCGCAUCGAGGCGGAGAAGGCCAGGAUGGCGUCCAGGGAGAAGGCUGCGGGGAAGAUCUCAGCUGCCAAAAACAACACUGUCAACGGGACAGGAGGCACGCCGCUUCAUGUCAGCACCUUGCAUGUGGGCGAGACGCGCUGCAAAAAGGUUUGCACAUCCAAAUCAGACCUCCGGACCAACGAUUUCAGCAUCGUGGGCUCCCUCCCGCGAGACUUUGAGCUGUCGAACUUUGACUGUUACGGGAAGCCCAUUGAUACCGGCAGUGUUCUUGGCAAAUCCCAGGCUAAGAACAACAAGAAACCUCCUCCUCCUAAACCUGUUAUCCCCUCUGCUGCCAAAAGAGUCGAUCUGUACGCCCGAGCCCUGUUCCCCUUCUCUUUCCUCUUCUUUAAUGUGAUUUACUGGUCCUGUUACUUGUGAGUUCCCCUCCCUCGAUUCUCCCCAAAACUUCACUUCCACGGGUUAUUUAUGGAUCAGAUUACGUACAAAGAAAUUCAUUCCAAAGUUGAUAAAUCACUCUCUAUACUAAACUAUUUCUAAGAAGAAAACUACUAUAUUAUUGUAUUUAUAUAAUGAUUAUUAUUAUUGUUACAUUUAUCUUCACAUAGGAAUUAUCAUUUGCGUAUUAAAAGCAUAUUAUCACUUUCUUUAUCUAAUAUAUCUAUAUAGCAUCUUGUAUUGAAUCAUUUUAUUUAUUGACAAUGGUACUUGAGAGGACAAUGCAGGAUAGCAGAUAUAACUGUUGUAAAUCCACAUAUCCACAAAGAUUGAUCACGUAAAACACUGGGACGAAAACGCACCGAUGUGUAAAAGAGCAUUUUUUUAAAUAGUUCUUUUUAAAUAGAUUUAUGCCUGCGAGUUCAAUAAGUUCAAACGUUUUUAUUUAAGCUUCGGCACAACUGUAUAACUUUGUAAUUACUGUGCAUGUUACAUUUUUUUGCAUGUAUAUGAAUAUUUAAAUAUAUAUAUAUAUAUAUAUAUAUAUAAAUGAUAAAAGUAUUUAUUAAAUUUGAUUCUUCUUAUGAUUUGCUCUUGAGAAGAACGUGGAUGACGUGAAACACUCCUGUUCCUGCCUAUGAUGGUCACGUGACACUGCCAGUCCACCACCAAACGUUAGGGUUUGAAAACAUGUGUAGUUUGUGUAAAUGGGUCACUCGUGACGUGGCCGUGUGUUUGUGAAAUUUACAAGCUCCGAAAAAUAAACCAUCAAAUGACUUUUCACCAUUUGAUGGAAUUAAAAAUGAAUACACUUGUUUGAAUCCAUAA